AUUUGUUUGACUUGACUUACAAGCAGCGGCCAUACACCUUCCUCUUACCUAGAAAAUGCCACUCCUCAGGGGAAGUCCAGAAUGGCAAGAUGUCCACCAACGGUGUAUCCAACGGUGUGUCCAAUGGCCUGCACCUUCAUAGCAAUGGCUUCCGGCUGCCGGAGAGUAGGGGACAUGUCAGCCCCCAAGUAGAGCUACCGCCAUACCUGGAGCGUGUGAAACAGCAAGCCAAUGAGGCUUUUGCCUGCCAGCAGUGGACCCAAGCCAUUCAGCUUUACAGCAAGGCUGUACAGAGGGCCCCUCACAAUGCCAUGCUUUAUGGAAACCGAGCAGCAGCCUACAUGAAGCGCAAGUGGGAUGGUGACCACUAUGAUGCCCUGAGGGACUGCCUCAAGGCCAUCUCCCUAAACCCAUGCCACCUGAAGGCACACUUUCGCCUGGCCCGCUGCCUCUUUGAGCUCAAGUAUGUGGCUGAAGCCCUGGAGUGCCUGGACGACUUCAAAGGGAAAUUUCCGGAGCAGGCCCACAGCAGCGCUUGUGAUGCAUUGGGUCGUGACAUCACAGCUGCCCUCUUCUCCAAAAAUGAUGGUGAGGAGAAGAAGGGACCUGGUGGCGGCGCCCCAGUCCGCCUCCGCAGCACAAGCCGCAAGGACUCCAUCUCAGAGGAUGAAAUGGUGCUGCGGGAGCGAAGCUACGACUAUCAAUUCCGCUACUGCGGCCACUGCAACACCACCACGGAUAUCAAGGAGGCCAAUUUCUUUGGCAGCAACGCUCAGUAUAUCGUCAGUGGCUCUGACGAUGGCUCCUUCUUCAUCUGGGAAAAGGAGACCACCAACCUGGUCCGUGUGCUCCAAGGGGAUGAGUCCAUUGUCAACUGCCUGCAGCCACACCCCAGCUACUGCUUCCUGGCCACCAGCGGCAUCGAUCCUGUUGUGCGGCUCUGGAACCCCCGACCAGAGAGUGAAGACCUCACAGGCCGAGUCGUGGAAGAUAUGGAGGGUGCUUCGCAGGCCAACCAGCGGCGCAUGAAUGCAGACCCGUUGGAGGUGAUGCUGCUCAACAUGGGCUACCGGAUCACGGGCCUGAGCAGUGGAGGUGCCGGGGCCUCUGAUGAUGAGGACAGCUCUGAGGGCCAGGUGCAGUGCCGGCCCAGCUAGACCCUCCAGCCCUGGUCCCCAGCCCCUGCUGCUGGCUGGACCCUCCGCCCUGGGCAGGAGGUCGGGGGAUUCUGUUUUGGUUUGUCUUCCCCACCCCACUUUUUUUCAUUUCCCCUGUUUUGUUUGUUAGUUUGGCAUUAGGGGUGGAGGUUGCUAUAACUUGCUGGCUUUCAGACUCUGGGCUGAUUGUCCCCUGACUAUCCCCAGCCCUAAAAAAAAGAGCAGGAGGGUAUACCCCUCCAUAUGCCCCCCCCCCCACCUCCUGCUUCCAUGUCCCUGGAGGGCUCUGGCCUGCCUCAGAAUCCCUUCUGCCUCAGGUGGGGAGGAACAAGCUGAACUGUCUUCAGGGACUGUCCUGCCCUUCAGCUGGCAGCAGGAGGGGGAGUGGGAUUCCCAAUUGGUAAGGGCUCACCUUGGCCUGUUGCCACUCUUGCUCCCAAGCCUGCAAGGCUAGCUCCCCUGUGGUCUUCAGGAAAGGUUUUGAAAAAGGAUGGGUCCCACCCUCCCCCCAGAGCCACUAGUGUUAGAGCAGAACCAAAAGGAAGGACGGGAGCCCUGGAGUGGGCAAGACCAGGCUACCUGCUGAGGUCACAGUGGAGCACCCUCACUCCUCUCCUGGCUACUAGCUCUGGCCCUGCACCUACUCUCACUGGCCACCUCUGGAGGCUCUGCCUUUCCCAAGGGCCCUGGCAGAGGGUGGGGCACUGCACCUUACCCCACCCAUCCAUGCCAGCACUUCUGCACUACGGCCGUUCUCCUCUUGGGCGCUCCUCAGCCUCACUGUGACCUUUCUGCCAGAGCUCCCAGCCAGGCCUACUCUGCUGAGGUGGCGCUUCCUGCUAAGGGCCCUUCUCUGUCCUUUCUGCCCGCCUUCCCAUCCCACAUGCUGAGCCGCCACAAAGACCAAAGAAGUGAUGGCUUUUCUCUGUCCCCUGCUGCUCUGAGGGGAGAGGGGUGGGUCUCCUGAGCCACUCAGAUGGGAAAGUCCCUUACUCGGCCCCUCCCUCCCCAGCAGCCCCAAGCUUUACACUGGAUGCAGCGAUCAACCCACCACUCACCAGGCCUCCCCUCCCCUCUGCCCCCUGGCUCUUAGCUCCAGCUGCUCCAGGUAGUUGGUUCAUCCUUCCCCCUCUCUCCCUCCCUGCUUCCCCUCAGUGCUUACUUGGCUCCAGCCCUCCAGCUGCAGCCCCUGGGGAAAAGCAGCCUCCCUUCUCCUCUCCCUCUCCUCCCUCCCUCCCUUCCUCAGCCCCUGUCUCUGCCAGGUGCCUCCUCUCAUUCAGGCUUCAGAGCAGCCCUGGAGACAGGAGGGCCAUGUUAAAAGCUUUUUCACAGUUUUAAGAAGACAAGGGGAGGGUGAGGAUAGUGGUGGGGGGUCUGGCACCAUCUCAUUGCUUUAAUCCCAGCAACACAGGUGGCAGCUUCUCCCCCUUCCUUCCCACCCCAGUCCCUCUUCCCAUCCCUCUCUUCUAGCUUGGUAAUGAAGUAUAUUUAUUGGUGACGGAAACAGCUGCUGCUGCUUCUCCUGCUGCUGGGCCCUGCUCCCCUGUCUCUUCUCCGUGACCUUUCUCUAGCCAGGGAGAAGGGAGAGCAGGAGUAUUGGGACUGGGCCCUGGGGCCCAAGUACCAGCUGGGUCCCCUUUGCUUUCUUGUGUUCCAGCCACCUGCCAUUUCCUCCCUGCCUCCCACCCUCCCUCCCUGCCUCCUGUCCUGCUUCCCACCCCCUGCCUGCCCAGCCUGGGCCCUGCAGUGUGGAGAGACACAUAAGCCUUACUGUCCUCUGGGGGCAGGAGCCGAGCCUUUUUGUUGCUCCGCUCCCAGGAGAGUGAGGGUGACGCAAUUGAUUAAAACCAUUUUGUUCUAGGUGUGGCUGGUGGCAUUUGUGGGGUGCAGAUGGGUAUUGGAACCAAAGUGAGGGCACCUGGUCCCUCACCUCUGUAGCUCUAUGACUUUGAGUAACCACACCUCUACUGGGCAGAAUCCUGCCUUGAAGGGUCACUGUGAGCAGUGACCACCCCGCCCAGCAGGACUGAGUGCAGAGCCGAGCUCUCAUGGCUGUGAUUUGUAGUCAUCAGCUUUCACUCUCCAGCUGUUUUUUCGUCAGUAAAAUAAGGGGCUUGGAAUCUUAGUGGUUUUUCAAACCAAUUUACAUUGUGACCCAAUAUACACAUGAUUACUUGUAUA